AUGUACAAUACAAGAACGGGCAAUUUUGACGCUGUCGAGAAAGCCAAACCAAAGGCAAUUGUCUCUCAUCAUGAACACGCCGAACCGCCCAUCGACUAUACAUCUGAGGAUCGCGAUGCCCGUCUCGCCGCAAGAACGACUCUGCAAAAUGCCCUUCACGGGAUACCUAAAGCACAACUGCUCAGGGAAGCCGAUGACUUCUGCGAUUCUCAGGGGUUAGAGGAUUUCAAGGUAGUCUUCCGGAAAGGAGCUUUACUGGCUCAAAGACCUAAAAAUUGGAAUGACAUCGAAGAACUCGAUGCCGAGGAAAAAGCAGCAAUUCAGUAUGAGCACGACCACAAAUGGCGAAUGUCGAAAGAUCUGCUUUGGGUUGUCGGUGCUUGUGCCAUGGGUGCAGCAGUCCAAGGCUGGGAUCAGACUGGAAGCAAUGGGGCGAAUCUUGGUUUCCCCCAAGAAUUCGGGAUCGCCAAAGGUCUUGAUGAGCCUGGAGGCGCACACGAUCAGUGGAUUCUCGGCCUCGUCAAUGCCAUCCCCUAUCUGUCAGCACCAUUGAUCGGUUGCACACUCUCUGAUCCUAUCAAUAAUUGGUUGGGUCGUCGAGGUGCUAUCUUCAUCGCUUCAAUCAUACUUAUCGCUACUCCCAUUGCUAUGGCUUUCACUCAUACUUGGCAAGAAUUGUUGAUCACGCGUGUCUUUUUCGGUAUCGGUAUCGGUCUGAAGGGAUCCACAAUCCCCAUCUUUUCGGCCGAGGUCGCACCAACAGUUAUUAGAGGUGCUUUGAUUAUGGGGUGGCAAUUAUGGACGACCGUCGGUAUCUUCAUCGGUUUCGCAGCCAACGCGAUUGUGCGAAAUUGCGGAGAUAUCACUUGGCGUCUCCAAAUUGGUAGUUCUUUCAUUCCGGCUGUACCUCUCGCUUUGAUGGUCUGGUUCUGUCCGGAAAGUCCUCGAUGGUACAUGCGAAAAGGUAGAAUGUUCAAGGCAUAUAAGUCUAUGCGAAAGUUGCGAAGACACGAUGUUCAAGCUGCACGAGAUCUCUUCUAUGCCUGGGUUCAGUGGGAAGCUGAGAAAAAGGUCAUUGGUGAUCGGUCCCUCCUCGGACGAUUCUCUGAUCUCUUCACCGUGCCCCGUAUUCGAAGAGCAACUCUUGCAGCGUCAGUCCUCCAUGCUGGUCAAGAUCUUUGUGGUAUCAACACUAUCGCCUUUUACAGCUCCACCAUCUUCGUGAACGGCGGUGCAUCAACUGUGGAUGCACUUUAUGCCUCUCUCGGAUUUGGAGCUUUGAACUUUGUCUUUACAUGGCCCGCUGUUUUUACCAUCGAUACAUUUGGCCGAAGAUCUUUGAAUCUUAUGUUCUUCCCUCUUAUGGCGGUCUCUCUUCUGGCAGCAGGCAUGGCAUUCUAUAUUGAAGAUCAGAAGAUUCGAACCGGAAUCGUUGCCAUGUUUAUCUACAUCUACACGAUCUUUUAUUCGAUUGGUGAAGGUCCAAUCAUCUUCACAUACUCAGCUGAAGUCUUUCCUCUUGCUCAUCGAGAAUUGGGUCAAGCAUUCCCUGUGUCUAUCAACUAUUUCAUCAAUUUCUUGCUGAGUUUGUGGUUCCCAUUCCAACUCAAACAGUUCGGAGGUCCCGGAACUUUUGGUUUCUACACCGGAACCAACAUAUUGGCGUUUUGUCUAGCUUUCCUGUUCAUGAGAGAGUCGAAGCAGCUCACCCUGGAAGAGCUUGAUCAAGUCUUCUCGGUUCCCACAAGCGUGUAUAUCAGUUACCAGUUCAAGAAGUGGAUUCCUUGGGCUUUCAAACGAUACGUGUUGUUCAAUAGGCGAGCCGAGCUAGAACCUUUAUUCUAUGAAGACAAAGAUAUUAAGGCUUAG